AUGUCGUACCAUCGGCGUGAAACAGGUCAACCUGUACCAGAUGAUGAAUUUAUUAUUAUUGAUGAUGAUGAUGAUAACAACGUUGAACCGAUGGAAAUAGAUGAAGUUGAUACCAAUAACAACAACAACAAUCAAUAUACAACAACAACUACAAAUGCUACUACAACUAUGAUAGACAAUUUUGAUACGAUUCGAAAUACAUAUGUUGUUGAUAAUAAUAAUAUGGAUAUUGCUAUGGAUCAAAGUCAAGGUUUUGAUGUUGCAUCUAGUACUGUUGAUAAUAAUUUGUUGCACGGUCAUAAUUCAAAUCAAGGUAAUGGUAAUCAGAUUGAUAAUGUUCUUGCUAAUAAUAAUACAGAUGAUUUGGAGGCUGAAAAAGAAAUUAGUGAAAUGUUUCGUCAAGGUAUUAAUGAUUAUAUAUCAAGCCAAUUCACCGGUUUUGAUUUUGCUGAUGUUGAUAUGGAUAAAUUUUUUGCACCUUGGGAUAAUGAUGACAAUGAGAUGAACUUUGAUAUUGAAAAGAUUUUUGCUCCUUGGAUGUAA